AUGCUAGAAAGCAAACCUUGUCCUUACCACCCUUUUCCAGGACUGCAGGGGGCCUUGAACCCUGAGGGUUGGUGCUGGACGCUGCCACACAGGAAGAUCUGCCUCUCCUGCCAGGGCCUAUGGAGGGACACGCUCGUUCUUCCAAGGAAAGUCCCUUUCCUGCCACGUCUUUCUGUAGUGCUUUGGGGUACCCUCUUGUGGACUGGCUCCCUCCCACAUCUGGCCUGGGGGGCAGGGACCUUCACCCUGGGGGUGCUGGGACCCUGGGACUGUGACCCCAUCUUUGCCCAGGCUCUCCCCGGAGUGGCUGCUCAGCUGGCUGUGGACUGAGCCAACCAGGACCCCUCACUGCUGCUGGGUACACGGCUGGAUUCUGUGGUCAUCCCCACAGGCUGUGAUGCCCCUCAAGCCCUGGCCACGCUCCUGGCCCACAGGAACACUGUGGCUGCUUUCGUGGGACCUGUCAAUCCUGGUUACUGCCCAGCGGCAGCCCUGCUAGCCCAAGGCUGGCGCAAGACCCUCUUCUCCUGGGCAUGUGGGGCCCCAGAGGGAGGCAGCGAACUGGUGCCGACCUUGCCUUCGGCUGCCCACGUGCUGCUGUCCAUCAUGAGACACUUCGGCUGGGCGCGCGUGGCCAUCGUGUCCUCCCACCAGGACAUCUGGGUGGCCACAGCCCGACAGCUGGCCACGGCUUUCAGGACGUUCGGGCUGCCAGUGGGGCUGGUGACUUCUCUAGGACCCGGGGAUCAGGGGGCCACCAAGGUCCUGAAGCAGCUCCGCAGCGUGGAUGGCCUGAAAGUCGUGGUGCUGUGCAUGCACUCGGCGCUCCUGGGCGGCUCGGAGCAGACAGCCCUGCUGAGCCGCACUGGGGCCGAGGGCCUGGCCGAUGGGAGGCUCGUCUUCCUGCCCUACUUCCUGCUCUUUGCUUUGCCCUACGGCAACCGCUCCUACCCAGCCCUCAGCGAUGGCGGGCCCCUGCAGCAGGUCUAUGACGCAGUGCUCACCGUCAGCCUGGAGUCCGGGCCUGCAGGGAAGGCCUUCGCCGCUACCGGGGUGGGCGGAGAGGGGGCCGCUGGCCUGGAGCUGGAACAGGUGUCUCCGCUCUUUGGAACCAUCUAUGACGCUGUGGUCCUGCUGGCCCAUGCUCUGAACCGCUCGGAGAGCCGUGGGGCGGGGCUCUCAGGGGCUCACUUAGGAGACCACACCGGGGUGCUGGACAUGGCUGGCUUUAGCCAGAGAAUCCGGACGGACGAGAAGGGCAGGAGGCUGGCCCAGUAUGUCAUCCUGGAGACGGAUGGUCAAGGAGGCCAGCUGGUCCCCACUCACAUCCUGGACACAGGCACAUGGCAAGUGCAACCCCUGGGCAGGGCCAUACAUUUUCCAGGAGGAACCCCUCCAGCUCGUGACUCCAGCUGCUGGUUUGAUCCCAAUACGCUAUGCAUGAGAGGUGCACAGCUGCCGAGUGGCCUCCUCGUCCUGGCCCUGGCCUGUGUCCUGGUGCUGGCCGGCGGGUCCCUCACCUGCCUCAUCAGACUGGGCAUCCAGCAGCUGCAGCUGGUGCAGGGCCCCCACCGAAUCCUGCUGACUGCCCGGGAGCUCACCUUCAUCCAUCGGCCCCUGAGCAGACGGAAGCUGCAUGUGGACAGUGUGAGCGACUCGAGAAGUGUGGCAGAUAGUGGGAGCCUGAGGUCGGUGGCCCAGGGGUCAGCAAGAAGCCUGCCAGCCCCCCAGGAGCCCACCAAUGUGGCCCUGUACCAGGGAGAUUGGGUGUGGCUGAAGAAGUUCGAAGCUGGCACAGCCCCUGAGCUGCGGCCGAGCUCCCUUGGCCUCCUGAGGAAGAUGUGGGAGCUGCGGCACGAGAAUGUCACCGCCUGCCUGGGUUUCUUCACGGCCCCUGGGAUCUGUGCACUGGUGCUGGAGCACUGCUCCUGGGGCAGCCUGGAGGACCUGCUGCAGAACGAGGCUCUGUGGCUGGACUGGACCUUCAAGUCCUCCCUGCUGCUGGAUUUGAUCUGCGGCGUGUGGUAUCUGCACCAUCGGCAUUUCCCUCACGGCCGCCUCAAGUCCCGGAACUGUGUGGUGGACGGACGCGUUGUGCUGAAGGUCACGGACCACGGUUACGCGGAGCUCCUGGACACUCAGCGCGCUCCCCACCGCCCACCGGCCCCGGAAGAGCUGCUGUGGACGGCUCGGGAACUGUUGCGGGGGCCUGGGGGGCCCGGGAGGGGCACUUUCAAAGGAGAUGUCUUCAGCAUCGGCAUCAUCCUGCAGGAGGUGCUGACUCGGGUGCCCUACAGCGCCUCAGGGCUCUCAGCCGAAGAAAUCAUCAGGAAGGUGGUGUCUCCCCCUCCCCUAUGCCGGCCCCUGGUGUCCCCUGACCACGGGCCGCCCGAGAGCAUCCGGCUGAUGGAGCGGUGCUGGCAGGAGGCUCCAGAGGACAGACCCAGCCUGGACCAGAUCUAUACCCAGUUCAAAAGCAUCAAUCAAGGCAAGAAAACCAGUGUUGCCAACUCCAUGCUGCGGAUGCUGGAGAAGUAUUCGCAGAACCUGGAAGACCUGAUCCAGGAGCGGACCGAGGAACUGGAGCAAGAGAGACAGAAGACGGAGAGGCUGCUCUCCCAGAUGCUCCCUCAGUCUGUGGCUGAAGCUCUGAAAAUGGGAGAAACUGUGGAGCCGGAGUACUUCGACCAGGUUACCAUAUACUUCAGUGACAUUGUGGGUUUCACCACCAUCUCAGCCCUGAGUGAGCCCAUUGAGGUGGUGGGCUUGCUCACUGAUCUCUACACCCUGUUCGAUGCUGUCCUCAGAAGCCAUGACGUGUAUAAGGGAUCUGUGAUUCCCGCCCGGCACUCGCUGAGUGGAGACCAUCGGCACGCGGCCGAAAUUGCCAACCUGGCCCUGGACAUCCUCAGCUCAGUGGGCAACUUUCGGAUGAGGCACGCGCCCGAUGUGCCCGUUCGCAUCAGAGCCGGCCUGCACUCAGGGCCCUGCGUGGCGGGGGUCGUGGGCCUCACCAUGCCUCAGUACUGCCUCUUUGGGGACACUGUCAACACCGCGUCCCGGAUGGAGUCCACAGGGCUGCCAUAUAGAAUUCAUGUCAGCCGAAGCACUGUCCAGACACUUCUCAGCCUGGAUAAAGGCUAUAAAAUUGAUAUCAGAGGUCCGACUGAGCUGAAGGGGAAGGGCCUAAAGGAAACCUACUGGCUGGUGGGAAAGGCAGACUUCUCCAGACCCCUCCCCACCCCUCUUGACAUCAAACCUGGAGACCCCUGGAAGGACCUCAUAAACCAAGAAAUCAAGGCAGCCUUUGCCAAAGCCCGCCAGUGCCUGGCCAGGACCCGGCCAGGGAGGGCCUCGGCCCAGCCCUGA